GCGAGUUAGGAGGAAGGCCACAGUCACCGCCACAUUCCGCAUCGGGCAACAAGUGCCGUCUUGCUCUCGGCCCGCCUGUGUCACGCAUUUUGUGUUUGUGGGCCUACCGAGGGCUGCGACACUCACAGUCUCGCGGGAGUACUUCUGGCAAUGGUGGUGAGGUGGAGGAACAUAGCCUGAGCCUCGCCUUUCUCCCGGCCUGGCCUCCAUCCGUGUCGCUCAAGCCUCUCUCGUGGAUCUCUCGAUUACUUAAUGUUCUUCUUGCCUUUCACUCUGAUGCUUUAUUGAAUAGACUAAACGCUAAUCAAGAAACAACUUCCAUAAUGACAACGAUUAAUGGGAAAGGAUCUCGUCUCAUCUAGUCCACCGAAAACGUGAUAAUGUCGAUUAAGAAACUAUAUUCCUCAAGUGUCAUUUGAUAGUUGCUGCUGCUGCUGCUGCUGCUCUUGCUGCUGCUCCUGGCUGUGUUGUAUAUCUUGCCUGAGGCACGAGAGAGAUAACGCUUUGGUCAGCCCAUCGGGAACAAGAGUGGCGGGAGAAGCCUGUAGUGCCGCCUGGCCUGUUAUGAUGAGGCAACGGAGAACGUGGCUUGGCUCCCUCAAAUGCCCAGCCACAUAGUGACUCCUCGUGGGGAUUCCCCGCAGGGCAGGGUGGCAGAUCUGGCACGGUCGGGAAGAGUGAGUGGGGCCGGGGCUGUGGGUGAGGGUGGAGGAGAUGCAGCUCAGCCCCAAGCUCAGACACAAAACAAAGGCAAGAUCUGGACAGUGGACGGGUGGACGGCAGGCGACCAAAAGAAGGUCGUGUCGCGCCAUCACAGCAAAUCCAACAACUUGAACAGUGGCACAAGUAGCUCUGACAGCGACAGCUACUCUGGAGGAAGUUCUGACAGCAGCACAGAGGACACCACCACCAGUGGAGGCAGCCUCGGCUGUGGGCGGGGAUGGGUACGAUCGGAAGAUUCCGGCCUCUGUUGUGGCUGUAUGUGCUCAAAGACACCUGAAGGUGUACCGAACAAGACUAACGUUGACGGGUCAGUUUUAUCUGGUAGAAGACAACUGGGCUUAAGCCGCCGAGCAAAAUGUUCUCGUGCUCUGAUCUUGAAAGAGGACAACGCCCGCUUCCUGCUGCUGGCGCUGGUGCUGCUGCUGUACAUGGUGUUCGGUGCCCUGGUCUUCGAGGCCUUUGAGGAAGGCAAUGAAAUAAGCGAAAGAGACGAUUACUUGAACCAAUACUCCAGUUCCCUCCAGGAGCUGAAGAAGGACAUUGCCAGGAACAACGUGAGCCUCAGUCAAGUGGAGGACCUCUUGUACAUUUGGGGCAACAUGACGGACGACGGCCACAAGAUGCACGGCAGGCGUCGCUGGGACUUCGCCGGGAGUUUUCACUUCGUCUACACGGUGGUGUCAACUAUCGGAUACGGCGCGGCGUCUCCCAGGACUCAGAAUGGCAAGAUUUUCUGUAUCUUCUAUGGCCUGAUCGGGUGUUCUUCGGGGAUCCUCUUCUUCAACCUGUUUCUGGAGCGCAUCAUUACCCUGCUUGCCUUCAUCAUGAGGAGACGCCACGAGAUGAAGCAGAAGCGGCGGGCGGCAGCGGCGAUGGGGACAGACAGUGUGGUGGAGAACGGGGAGCGGCGAGGCUCUCAGGACUCUAUGGAAGACUCCAGCCUGGACGCCUGGAAACCCUCUGUGUACUGGGUGAUGUUCUACCUCUCCAUUGCCUCCAUCAUCGUCGCUUUCCUUGGAGCCAUUAUGUUCAUGGAGGUUGAGGAGUGGACGUAUGGAGACGCCAUCUACUUCUGCUUCAUUUCCUUUGCAACCAUUGGCUUCGGUGACUUUGUCUCUGCUCAGAAACCCAACGCAUUCUAUGGGCCGGGUCUUCACGCCUAUCGCUUCUUCAACUUCACUGUGCUGGUGUUGGGCUGCUGCUGCAUUUACUCCCUCUUCAACGUCAUCUCCAUCACUAUCAAACAAUUCCUCAACUGUAUCAUUAAGCGCACCGCGACUUGCUGUGCAGGAGGCCAGUGCAGGUCCGCGCCUCGCAGGAAUGCCAUCUCUCCCUCACGCCAAAACAAGCAUUCCAUCAAACGAAUGGAUGGAGACAUUGAUUCCAUGUACGGCUCAGAGACAGAGAGGAAGCUGUCCGGCGAGAUGGUGUCCAUGAGGGAGUACAUCUCCACCAACAAGAGUGCCCUGGUCCUGCCACGAAUACAGGAACAGGUUUCGUUGGCGGUGAUGCAGAAACAACUGUACGAAACGGCUCAGCUUGGCCGCGGUCAUACGUCCGCGCCCUACCAGAGGCCUGCCAAUGACGAGCGCUUCACCCCGGGCCAGGUGGGACCGCUGGCCAUCGCCUCUUCCAAGCUAUGCGAAGGGCGCUCCUAGCCACGCCACGCACGGAACUCAUCCCCUAUGGGUGGCGCUCCCACCUCUGCGACAGUGCAAAGGUGCAAAAGUAGAAAUAUACAUAUUUUCGUACCCGUGGUUAUCUUUGCCAAAUGUAAAUGUUAUUGCAUUGUGUGUUUAUCUGGUAAGCAAUGAAGAGGAAGGUUAUGAUAUGUCAAAGGAGUUGCUCAGAUCUAUUUUGCUCCUGUUAUCAUAGUUUUUUUUUUCAAAGACAUGGUAGUGAAUAUAUGCCUAGAUAUCAUUUUAGUUUUGUCUAUACCCUGCAGUAUAUUGGACUAACUCUGCUGUAGCCUCUGUCAACCAUAUUUAAGAAAAGAUUCACUUUGCA